AUGACGCGGGAAUUCGAUAUAUUAGAUUUAGGAAAAUUGAAGCAUUUUCUUGGGAUUGAAGUGAAACAAAGUGAUGCAGGAAUCUAUAUUUGCAAAAGACGAUAUGCUCGUGAAGUUUUAGAAAGAUUUGGGAUGGAGGAAAGCAACGCGGUUAAAAAUCCCAACGUUCCAGGAACGAAACUCGCAAAUGAUGAAAAUGUUGACAAAGUAGAUGAAACCAUGUUCAAACAAUUGGUUGGGAGCCUCAUAUAUUUAACAAUGACCAUACCCUAUUUGAUGAGAAGCAAGAGCAACAGUCCAAGGCUCUUGGCUUUCACAGACAGUGACUACGUUGGCGACUUAGAUGAUCGCAUGAGCACAAUCGGAUGUACAUUCUUGAUGGCAUCAGUGCAAUAUCUUGGCAUCAAAGAAACAACCAGUUGUUGCAUUUUCUACCACCGAGGAGGAAUACAUAACAAAUGCAUUCUGUGCUUGUCAGUGCGUUUGGCUUAG